AUGCGCCGCCCAGACAUUAGUCCUUCUCUUCUUUCUCCUGCAAAUUACGACAAUGAUGCAUCGUCAUUGCGGUCGCCCUCCGAGCAGGACUCGGAUUCCGAUGAUGACGCCCUACUUGAUCAGAACCGCAGCACCUUGGAAAUCGCAGAGCACGACCGGGCAGUCCUGGAAGAUGAAGAGGAGCUGGAGAAACUUUUGACCCGCGGUGGCACUGGACACGGGCUGCGGAGGAUUUUCAGCCCAAAUGGUAGCACCGUGAAGAUCGGGAAGACGAAAAAGGAGCGGCGACAACGGAGGGGGUCACGUCGGGAGAGAGUCAGCGAAGACGGCGAGCUGAUGUACGAGAUGGAGGAGGGAAUUGGUGACGACAACGCCUCGCUUUUGAGCGGAUCAUCUUUGGAUUUGGACAGGAAAGACAAAUACACAUAUGAGCCGCCUCCACGGCCUUCAUGGCGAAAAAUCCUGUUUAUAAUCGUUCUGGUUACCAUUCUCUUCGUCAUCCUCGUCCUCGGGGCGUAUAAAGCCUCGAGCGGCUUCCGGACUACACGAGCGCACCCUCCACCCCUACUCUCCAACGGCACAGCUCUCUUUGCGCCAACCACUAUCGUCAUCUCGCUCGACGGUUUCCGAGCCGACUUUCUGGACCGUGGCCUGACUCCUGCGCUGAACUCCCUCGUCGCAAAUGGCGUUUCCCCGCAAUACAUGACCCCCAGCUUCCCGAGCGUCACCUUCCCAAACCACUUCACACUUAUGACCGGACUCUACCCUGAGAGUCACGGAAUUGUAGGCAACACAUUUUGGGACCCGAAUAUGAAGGAGGAGUUCUACUAUACACAUCCCACUGUCAGCAUGCAACCCAAAUGGUGGAUGGCGGAACCGCUCUGGGUGACAGCAGAAAAGCAGCGUGUGAAGACUGCCAUUCAUAUGUGGCCGGGGUCUGAGGCACACAUUGGUGACAGGGAGCCGAGCUUUGUAGACAAAUACAACGGGACGGAAGUCUGGUCUCGCAAGGUGGAUCGGAUCCUUGAGUUUUUGGAUCUCCCAGGUCUCGAGAAUGAAUCGCAGAUGACACCUGAGCGGCCGCAGUUGAUCGCGGCUUACCUUCCCGACGUCGAUCGGGAUGGGCAUAAAUUUGGUCCCAAUAGUACUGAGAUCCGAAACACGAUUUCCGAGGCUGACAGCAUGGUCGCCAACAUUAUGGCUGGUCUUGAGAAGCGCAAUCUCACAGAUGUGGUUAACAUAGUGAUUGUCUCAGACCACGGCAUGGCCACUACCUCUACAGAAAGACUGAUUCAGUUGGAUGAUCUGAUUGAUUAUGAUCUGAUUGAACAUAUGGACGGGUGGCCAUCUAGCGGUCUGCGUCCCAAGCGUCCAGAGGAUCUGGAAACCCUCCGGAAACAAUUGGAGAAGAUAGCCCCGGAUUACAAGCAUGCUUUCGAAUUCUACACACGGGAGACAAUGCCCAAGCGGUAUCACUUCUCGAACAACGAUCGCAUUGCACCGUUGUGGGUCAUCCCUAAGACGGGGUGGGCUAUAGUUAAUCGGUCAGAGUUCGACGUCAAAGAGGCUUUGAAGAGCGGCGAGGAAUACCAUCCUCGUGGCAUUCACGGAUACGACCAUGAGCAUCCAUUGAUGCGUGCUAUCUUUAUCGCGCGCGGCCCUGCUUUCCCUCACAAGCCAAACAGUCGGCUGGAAGUUUUCCAAAAUAUCGAGGUAUACAAUAUUCUCUGUGACUCUCUGGGCGUUGAUCCCCUUCCAGGAAAUGGCACACUACGACUCCCGCUGAAGCCAGUUGGCCUCCACUCGGAUGAGAACGCACCGGUCUUGGACACGCCUCCGGAUCCCCCAGCUCCAGCUUCACCAACAGCAGGACCCUCACAGCCAGCACCCUCACAGCCAGCACCUCCACACCCAGUACCCCCUCUGCCAAAACCCCCGCAGCCAGCACCGAAACCAACCACUCUAGUAUCUGAGGCCGCACCCGCUAAAGAUGAUCAGGGUAAUAAGGAAAAAGGUUCGACGUGGUGGGACACAAUUGCGCACAAAUUCGAUGACCUGAAGGACUGGGCUAGCGGCGUUGCCGAUGCUGUUCAGGGCAAGCACCCGGAGUCUGAGAGUUGA